AUGCGCAGAGGCCCAGCGUCGCAGCAGUCGCCGUCAGGAGGAGCAGCCACUACCGGAGACUCGGGAAGCGGUCGUGUUUAUUUUACACAAGAUAAACUUUUGUCCACAAUGUCGGGAUUUGACAGCAACCCUUUUGCGGAUCCAGUGGACGUAAAUCCUUUCCAAGUGAGUGUGUGGUUUUAUUUUUCGCGUUUUAGCAGCUUUUUUCGUGUAAAGUUAAGUCUAAAGGAGAUAUGCUGCUACAAAAAAACCUGUUUGGUUGGUUACUGGGUUUGGCCCGGUUUGGCUUCAGUAUUUCCUGGCAAAGAAUCGUCACUUUUAUGUUAAACGACACGUUGUAGGUUGUUUGAGUGUUAGUUUUAUAGUUGUAGUCUAAAACUGUGUGUUUACGCUUUACCAAGACGUUAACCUACCUGCGCAGGUGAGCAGAGCCGCGAACAGGUGCCUGCUAGAAAUAUGUAGCCAAUAACUGUGAGUCAUGUUAAACCGCCAUUGAUAAACACAAAAGGACAGAUAUUCAACCAGAUUUGGUCAACCUAACAGAAAUGAUGGCGCACUUUGAUGCAUUUAGGAUCUUUAUGAGCGUUUUUGUUUUUAAGGAUUGUAGUUAGUACAUCCCCAGUGUUUUCUCGCAUGUCAAGGAGGAGAUCGUAUCUUUGUGGCAUACCGUAUCAAAAGAAAAUAGCCUACUUUUUGUUUGAUUGAACUAAAGAAAGUGUAUUUUCGAGGGCAAAGAGUCUAUUAUUAGUUAAUGUGGUAUAAAUAUAAGAAACAUUCAGGUACUUCUCUUGCACAAGUUAGAACUCUUUGGGUCACUAUUUAUUCAACAUACUGCCCCGGAUAGUCAUCAUUACUCCUCUGCUUUAAGUCAUAACACAGAGAUGGACUCUUUUUUUUUUUUUUCCAGGAUGCUUCCAUCACACAAGCAACAAGUGGAGCCGCUGAAAUCGUGGAGGAUUUCAACCCCUUUGCUGAAUCUUCUACGGUUAGUACUGUGGUGGUUGUCAGUAUAACUGCUGCUGAUGGUCAUAUGAGUUAAGAACCUGUUUUGCUUCUCUUGUUUCAUAGGGAACCCACUCGGGCACAACCAUCCCCAUCACGGCUACCUCUUCUCAACCUGCUGUCCUUCAGACCUCUGUGGAGCAGACUGCACAAGUGAGUCAGACUUGGCCCCCCAAGUGGGAUGUUAAAUUGCAUUUUAGACUAUGUAUGCAUUCGUAAAGACUAAAUUAACAGAGUACAUAUGGAUUUGAGAGCUAGCAGUGAUUCACACAGGAGUAGGCACCACUUGAAAUGAACAACUGAAACUGUGGUGUCGCCCCAGCAAAAGUGAAACUGGAAAAUGUAUAUAUAUUUUACAUUUCCUUUUUGUUAAAUAUCACAUUUACAGAGUUCCUUUGUGCCAUAUCUUCUUAGAACAACAUGUAAUUAGUCAAAAACUGUAUUAACACUGUUAGUUUCAGUAUGUUUUAUGUAAAUUUAGUUUAAAUGGUGGUUCUAAACUCAAAUUUGGUUUUGAAUAGACAGUAAUUUUCUUCGAAAGAAUUUGCCAUGGCAUUUUGGUGCCAAACAAUCACAAUAAAUAACUAAAGAGAACUGUAAAAAGUUAUAAAAUGGGACAAUGGUAAAUAAAGAAAAAAUAUAUAGAACAACAAAACAAUACCUCUGUUUUGAAUUAAGACGGCUGUACUGCACUAAGCUAACUGAGUUCAUGAAUCACAUGUCCUCUAAGAUAGAAAAUGGAGCAGGGAUCUGUAUGGCCUGGGGCAACACUGAACACAGUGUCGUGACUGUAGCUUUAUUUUAUUGAUCUCUAGGCAAAUGCAGCUGCUGGCCAGGCUAACCUGAUCAGACAGCAGGAGGAGCUGGAGAGGAAAGCUGCUGAGCUGGAGCGAAAAGAGCAGGAGCUGCAGAACAGAAGUGGAGGCAGAACGAGCAUGGGUGGUAAGAAGUUAAAACCGUCUUCAGAUGUUGCAUUUCAACCUCUGUUGGACUUGUAAACACUAAAAAUGUAGAUGUAUUAUAUUAAUCCAGAUUUUUUUUGUUUAUCAGAGAGAGAGAACAACUGGCCUCCCCUUCCAAAAUUCUUCCCUGUGAAGCCGUGUUUCUAUCAGGACUUUGAGGGAGAUAUCCCAGAGGAGUACCGCAGGAUCUGCAAGAGAAUGUACUACCUCUGGAUGUGUAUGUACUCCUUCAUGGAGUCUUUGCUCAACACUAGGAAAUCUGAUAUUAGAUGACAAAAAAAUCCCAACAGGCUCCCAGAAUAUGUAAUGAAAGUUCAUGUGUGACCUAAAAAUGAUUAUUUUUUUAUAUGUUGUUGUCAAGGCUGUUUAAAUGCAGCAGUUUUUGCCUGUAACAUAUAACAGAUUUAACAAACUCAUCACUCACAUCUAGAAAUUCCUUCAGGGGGCAGUCUAACUUUGACCCUAACCCUUGAUGACAGCUAAAAGAUUUCCUCUGUGUCUCUGUAGUCCACAGUGCCACCCUUUUCCUCAAUGUGCUGGCCUGCUUGGCUUACUUCACAGCAGACGCUGCAAAUGGUGUUGACUUUGGUCUCUCCAUCCUCUGGUUCAUCCUCUUCACCCCCGUGUCCUUCAUCUGCUGGUACAGGCCUGUCUACAGGGCCUUCAGGUACGAUCAUGAAGUACUACUGGGCUGCAUUACUUAUUGAUUUAGCUGUCUGCAGUGCAGACAGGAGAAAUAGGGACAUACACAUGGUCUCAUUACAGGAUUUUCCUCUGUGUUUUUAAGCUUGUUCAGACACUCAGAACAGCUUCCUUCUCCUCCUCCAUCUUAGCCAGAACGGUUUAAGCAAGUAAAGAGCAGCCACUCUGUGCUCAGCAGUCUCAAUGAAAAAUAUUAGCAAAUGCUUUUAUCCAAUUUUCUUCCUUGAAGAGAAGUGCUUUAAUUACAUUUUUCCACUCACCUUUUAAAAAUGCUUUCUCUGAGCAUUUAAAUGCUUUUACUGAGCGUGUAGACUUUCACUGCCCCAAAACACUUGGAAAAAGGUUUUAGUGACAUUUUUGUGACUUUAGUCUGAGGAAAAACUUGCAUUUAAUUUUAUGUUUUUCAAUACAAGCUUUUGGUAAAUAAACACAGCUAAGGAGACAAUCAGCCCUGGUUCACACUGUCAGACUUGCCAAAAAAUUGUAUUUGCAGCAUUUAAGUGGAAGAUGUUCAUCAGGCAAACAGUCAGAAACAGAGGCUUUAAAUGAAAGAAACUGUCUUGACUUAUUUUUGCUUUUCACUCUGUGUUUUACAGUGUUAUGUUGUCUUUCUCUCCUCACCAGGUCGGACAGCUCCUUCAGCUUCUUCUUUUUCUUCUUUGUCUUUUUCUUCCAAGUGGUUGUCUACGUCAUUCAGUCAGUAGGGAUCCCCAAGUGGGGAAACAGGUCAGUAGGAACCUUUUGAAAAGUGAACACUUACCUGCAUGAUGAGUGAAAGUCAAGGUGUGGUCUAAAUGUUGGGACUGUCAUCAUUGCUAACCAUCAGUUUCUGUUUCCAUCAGUAAGGUACAUCCAUAUUAAAUGUUCUUAAUGUUUCUCCAUUCAGACCUUCUGUAUGUGUCUGUGUGUCUUUUCUUGCUGUGUUUCUCCUCUUUGGCAUCUCGUUGACAGAUUCCUGCUGCCUUAGCUUGUCUGGGUUGCUGCUUUGUAAGUGUGGGACUUUUCUCUUUGGGUUUCUUCUCUGGAUCAUGUCAUAUUUGAGGUUUUUCAUUCUCAGUCAUCAUUAUUCACUUUUCUAACUUCAUGCUUCCUCUUUGGUCAUUUGUUCAGCUUAGAUACUGUGUGAUUCAGUGAAUCUGUUCUAUUUUUAAUGCAUUGCACACUCGCUGUUAAUUGCUGUUGUUUGUUUGUGUGUCUCUGUUGUUGGCAGCGGAUGGAUUUCAGCAAUUACCAUGAUCCGCAUAAACUUGGCCGUUGCUGUGGUCAUGAUGGUAGUGGCUGGUUUUUUCACCGUGAAUGCCUUCCUGGCUAUUGUCCUACUAAAGAUGGUAUGCUGUGAUAAUACAAACAUUACUUUGUGUCUGUGCACAGGCAACAUAACCUUGAUUGUGUUAUUUUAAUGCAAAAUGCAGCCUCAUUAAUGAACAAGUUUCUGAACAUGUCUGAAAUAGAUAACCAAACAUGGAGUAUCAUACAGAAUAACAGACGUAAAUGUGGUUAACUUGGAAAAGCAGCUGCAACAUAAUAACCAGACAACCUAGCAAUAUAAGAGAAAUAAGAUUCAGAAAUAGUUGAAGGUUAAAGCAGGUGCAGAAACACUCGAAGAAAGUGAGGAAGCUGGAUCUGUCGACAUUUGAUUCAGGAAGUGUGACCUAAAGGAAGGUACACAGGAUAAGGAGACAAGAAUGAAUACUUAAUUGUCCCUGUGUAGGGCUGUUUUGUUUACCCUAAGCAUUAAGAAAACAUACUAUAACAAUAUUUACUCUAGCAUACAGGCAAUCUUAUCCUGCUGACUUUUGACAAUCAAAUGAAUCUCAUUUAUCAUAACAACAGGUCUGUUUCUUCAGCUGCACUGCCAAGAACCUCGAUGUUUGGUUUUGGAUAUCAGAUAUAAAAAGGCAACAAUUUGAAUUUCAGUUUGUUUCAUAAAUGCCAAAAAAAAACUCCCUAUUGGAGCUUUAAGAGCCAGUGAAGUACGCAAACUUUAUUUUAUUCAUAGAGGAUGUCUGAGAUGUUUGGUCUUCCCACAGUGAUGGACAAUCACCAAUUCCUUCUUUGGGAAAAAUCAAACCACUUCACAUUAAAUGAGUUAAGAGUACUGCAAACUUUCUGAUUUGCUCUAAUCACCAGGAUCACCUUCUUCUUCCCCUCAGAUUUUACUUGACCUCAGCUUUAGAUGUCCUCCAAGUUUACAGACUAAAAAGACUUUCACUGUGAGCUCCUGCGACGGCCAGGGCCUGAAUUCAACACAGUUUAUAAACUUGUGUCUGUAUUAUUAAAUCUGUUUCCCUUUCCUCCUCCAGGUCCAUGGGAAGUACAGAAGGACGGGUGCCAGCUUCACUAAGGCCCAGCAGGAGUUCUCUAGCGGGGUCCUGACCAACAGGACCGUACAGGGCGCUGCAGCCAGCGCCGUCAGUUCGGCUGCUCAGGGGUCGUUUGGCAGGAACUAGGGAAAUUAGACUGAUUCCUCAGUGCCUCAAGCUAGUUUCUGCUUCAACCAUCAUACAGGACUAGCCAGAAAGCAACAUUCUUCUGUCACUGUGGGGAAUGGGGAAAUUUGUUAAUUUAAUGAACAGAGCCAGAAAACAAGUAUGUUAGGGAGAUCAGCCAAGUGAGUUGUCAUCAUUUUCAACUUCUACAGACACUAAGCUGGAGGUCUGACAAGUUAUGACUCAUAUUCUGUGUCUUGGUAUUAAAACUUCACUGCACAUAAAGCACCGCAUAUUAAGAAUCAGGCUGACAAGGAAAAAAUUAUGAAUCACAAUAAAUCAAAAUAGAAGAAGGGUGGGUGACAGUAACCUAAAGAUGUACAUUUAAAGCUGCUGGAAAAGCAAAUAGAAGUAAAUUAAUUUUUAUCCUGUCGUUAUUUAUGAUCCUGAAAAGUUUCACAAAGUUCCUAUCUUAUUGUUAAUUUGGGAAUAUACAAGGCCCUCAAAAACAAAGCACAGAAUAUUUGGGAUUGUAUUGAAAAUAUACUUCACAUGAGAAUGUUUUAUCAUCAGAAAAUGUUGGGUUCAUACAUUCACAUAUUGUCCUUACAGACACAUGAGCAGCACAGGGUACCUGAUCAACUAUUCCCUUUGACUUUAACCACUUACAUUACAGUAAAAUACAGCAGGAUCCACUAAUACAGUUACUUAUUCUCAGGAAAUCAGGCUGCAAGCUCUGUGUCCUGUAUGCAUUCUGUUACACUUGUUUGGAGCAGAGUUGCUGUUUGUGAUUUUGCUCAUGUGUAUAACACUGUAUAGGAGGAGCUGAUGAUUAAUGAAGGUGUUGGGAUGAAGGUUAUUUUAUUUCUGCUUUAAUCAGCUAACUGACGUAGUUGAAGUGAGAGUAAAGGCUCGUCUGAAGGCAAAUGAAGAAAACUGGAAUGGCACAUUUUAAUUCUGUUGACUUGUUCAGAACACUGUUGUAGUUUUGUUUGAAGUCUGCUGCGAUCAAAAUAAAGGAUGGUGCAGAUUUUCUGAUGUAAUUACUGAGAUAGUAUACAGUUAAUACUUAUUAACGUAGGAAAAUAAUGAGCAGAGAGAACACUAUUUUUAUCUGUUGAUUUUUCAAGUGUUACUGGAUAGUUACAGAUACCUUGUAUUUUCUAGCUGCACCUACAUGUUUGUAGGAAUUGAAUUUGUAUGUUUUUACUUGUGGAUAUAUAGAUAUGCUGUUUUUUUCCCCUAACUUCAUGUUACUGAAUCAUUUUCUUCGGGGUAAACUCAGUGCCUUUCAGCAAAUCUAACCCAACCAUUGUAUGGGGAUUUGCACCUAUGUCUGUUGGUUAAAAGUUUUUUGUCUUACUUUCUUUGUCCUCAUCGAAAAAAAUAUCAUAUGGUGAAGUUUCUAUUUGAUCAAAAUGUUGUACAUAUUGUUGACUUAUUUAAAGUUUAUGUUGGAGGGAUAUUUUCAGAAACUGGUUCUCAGUCUUAACACUGAAUAAAUGGUUUUCUCUUGAAAUACAGAUCUUGUUGAGUAUCAGGAUAAAGCAUUCCAAGUGAUUAUGAUUAAAUAUUGCAUGCUGAAUAUGAA